AUUAAAAAGAUUGAAACAUAUUGGCUCCCACGUCCCCCGUUAUAUUACGUUGUCGUAUCCUUUCGAAGAAAAGUCCCAAUCUGUCCCAUCGUUUCUUCUCCUUUCAUCUUCAAUCUCUCCCUCCUUCUUUUUCUGUCACUGAGCUACCAAAUGGAAGACUUCUGGAAGAGAGCGAAGACAUUCGCCGAAGAAGCGGCGAAGAAAUCGCAAUCUCUAACCACUACCUCCGCCACGGCUAGAAUCGCCGAUCUCGUCUCCGAAACCACCAAGAAAUCAAAAGAACUCGCCGCCGAGGCUUCUAAGAAAGCAGAAGAAAUCAAAACCGCUGCUCUCCGUCAGGCUGAUCAGAUCAAGUCCUUCUCGGAUACCAUUUCCAUUCCUCCUCAAAUCUCAGCAAUUGCCGCCGCCGCGGCAACCGCAACCGCAAAUGCCACUUCUACCGCACUGCCUUCUGCUCCUCAGGAACAAGACCUCGAGAGAUUCGGCGUCACCGAUGAUCUCAGAUCCUUUGUCCAGGGCCUCACUUCCACAACCUUCAAACAUUUUCCUGUCAAUUCCGAUGAAUCUGAAUCUGAGGCUUCUGAUGUGCCCACUUCGGCCUCUAAUGUUCGGAAGGAUCUCAAUGAGUUUCAGGAGAAGCAUGCCACUCUUGUUUUAACUACUGUUAAGGAAAUUUCAAGGUUGAGAUAUGAACUAUGCCCACGUGCUAUGAAGGAAAGACACUUUUGGAGGAUAUAUUUUACACUUGUCAACACUCAUGUGGCUCCUUAUGAGAAGCAAUAUAUGGAAGCGGUGAGAGAAGCAGCAAAGCAGAGUGAAGAUCCUAAGGUAGAGCAAACUGAUGUUGGCGAAGGAAGUGGAAAGGCUGAAGUAACAGGGAAGCUUCUAAAGAGUAAAUCUUCUAAUGCAUCCUCUAUUGAGCAAGACUUGGAUACAUUUCUUCUUGGAGAUCUUGAAGACAGUGAUGGAGCUCCAGAUGAUGGCGAGGGCAGCUUUGAUGACGAUUUUGACAAGAUUGGCAAUUCUGAUGUUGAAGAUGAGAAGCAUGAAAAGAGAACAUCUGCAGCAACAGUUUAGGAUGCAGAAUUACUCUGUAUUAGACACAAGUGAAAAUGAAGUUUGCUGCUUGCAACUAGCCGAGAUAUCCGUCAGAGACCAAUGGUUGUGUAGUAGUCUUGAGUUUUAGAUCGGUGGCUGUGGUACUCUUGUAGGUUUGAUGAACUGGUGGAGAAUGCUUUUGUGAUUCGUUAUUUGUGGACAAUAGUACCCUAUACAGUUAGGUAAGAAGUUAUUGAUUGACUCGAGCAGUUUCCUUGUACAGUUGACAUAUUUGAUGUUAUUAAAUUCUUAUAUGAUGUUUUAUUCAUAACAUAACACCAGCGUAAUAUGAUUCCCGAGCUUAUUACAACUUCAAAA